AUGGCCAUCCUGUCGCGCUCCUCGCUCCGCGGCUCUGUGCGACGAGCGCCCGAAGAACCUGCCGACGGUCUGGCACCGCCGACGAAGAAACAGCGCAUUGAGGAAAAUGGCCCCGACGGCCGUAAGAGCUCCCCAGAUUGCCUCGAUACCACCCCGGACGAACCUCCGACCGCAAAACCCCGUGCCAAUCCCUUGAAACCCGCGCGCCCGCGCACCUCUACCCGUCGCACUCGCCGCGACUCCUCCUCGUCUAUUGACACGGUCGCCUCCGCCGCGGGGCAAUUGGCGACGCCCGUGACACGUACAAAUGGGAAUGGGAUCUUUAAGACCCCACGCGCCCGCCGCGACCCAGUUACCCCCUCUCGCACGGCGGCGGACUUGCUGCGCGACCUUCACGAGUCGCCAGACCCAUUGGAUACAAUAUCUCCAGCGCCAUCUUCCAUCAUCCCGAAGCAACGUCCUUUUACCCCUGCUGCAAGUCUGGAAUCUGAUGUCAAACGACCCCUUUCGCCUGUGACCCGCCCCACUCGUCGCCACGAUAAUCGGCCGCUGGCCGACAGCAACGACGACAAGGCGACUAAGGAAGAGAAACCUGCCGGAAAUACAACUUCAACACAAGACCAUAAGACCAGAGCGUCCGAUGGCGAGCAGCCAGCAUCAGUGGAGACGGGGACGGGAAGACGGUCGUUGCGUUCGGCUGACACCGGAUCACGGUGCAAGAGCGAGCUCGCACAGUAUUUCCAUAAUUAUGAACAGAUUAUCAGUUUAGAAGAACCCGAAUCUGAAUUGCUUGCCGCCAAAACAACUAUCACUCUCAUUAAUGAUCUAGCCCAACCACCUUUCUCCUCCAAACCAGACCCUACACCAUUUGGGAAUCCGUUACUGAAACUUCAUAAUUGCGAAAAGAUACUACUUCCCGAACCAAAAUCAGAACCAUCUGGAAUCGACCCACUGGGCGAAGAUACCUACUUCCGUGCACACCGCAAGUUCGAAAGACAGGAGAAACAAUUGCGGAACAUCGAGCGCAAUCGCGCACAACACGAACAGCAAGUCCUGGAGCGUCUCCUCGAAGAGCUACGCGGCUAUGACUGGCUACGCAUGAUGGGCCUGACCGGCGUCCACGAAAGUGAGAAGAAGCUGUACGAGCCAAAGCGCGACAUCAUCAUUCAAGAACUCGUCACCCUGGUCAACAAGUUCCAAGCUUGGAAAGACGAGGAGCGCCGUCGCAAGCUAGAAAAAGACAAACAUCCCCCAGCACCGGGUCUCGAGGCUGACUCCCAGCAGCCGUCACGCAAACGAUCCCGUCCUGCCGAAGAUACAGACAGUUCCCCGACACCGGGGACUGAUAUACAAAGCACUCCAGACCUAGAUCCAGACCCAAGCGACGUCGAUGCCUUGGCCGCUCGGCAACUUCACCAAGAAGCGCGCUCAGCAGGCGUCAAAGUGCGCAAGUCAGCACCUGCUAGACGCAAAUCCAUCUCUAAACCUACCCCCAUUACCACAGAUCCUGCCGCCGAACCAAAAUCGAAACCAAACCCCAGUCCCAAGCGAAAGAAACCUGACCAAACACAACCAAACCCUACACCGUCUGCCCCAGCGCCCCCAAAACGACCCCUCCAACAAGCGUCUCUCGCCCACUUCUGGAACCCCGUCCCACGAGACGGCCCGUUCACAUCUUUUUUUCGACAGCGCCACGUCCGCGACGCAGCCAUCGCCGCAACGAACGGCAUCCGUCGCAGCGGCUCGCGCUCAUCCCUCGCCUUCGGCCAACCAGUCCCCGACCCAUCCGAGCACGAAUUCGAGCUCCCACCGGAGAUCCUCAAUGAGGACUCCAUCCAGCAGUCGCAGCGCAAGAGGCGCAGACUGAAGCGACGGACUCUCCCAUGA